AGACACCACGGACAGACGAGGGCUUAUCAUCACUCGUCCCAGGGCUAGGAGUGAUGACAAUGUAUGGAUAUCAUUUCAAUCAGUGACGUUAGUCUGGCUAGUUACAAGCUAAGAUACAAUUUCCUCUUUUGAAUUUCUCCCAAAGUAACUGUUAGUCAUCAUCUAGAUAGAGUAAGCUCACGUUAACCUCAACAUAAACGUUAACGUUACAACCUAUGGGCAACGUCUAUUUCAGCUAGCUAUCCCUAGCUAUCUAGACUUUCUAGUUCAGACUGCCUGCCUGGGAUGAAGUAAUCCACAACUGUAAGACUGUCUGGCUAGCACCAAGGGGUUGCAGAUCACACCUCGAUGAAAUAAGGACAUUCUCGGGAUAAUACGGGCGACCAAAACAAGACUGGUGCUGGUGUUGCUCUCACUGAAAAACUGCUUUUCACUGCGUGAGCCGCAUGAGUCAUGCGGGUCUCUGAGCAGCUCUGAGGGUUUUGAGGCAGAGUGGGAAAAAUGGAGUCUUCUUCUGAGUUCCAGGGGGAACCUGAGAAAGCUCUGCAUCAUGCAGAGAUCAAAGAACCCCCUGGCUGCUCAGCUGCCUUAAUGCCUGGUGAUGAUGCGGCCCUUUUGACCCCGGGGAGGAUGAGUCAGCGCCAAGGAAAGGAGGCGGGCCUUCACACGCCCAAUCGAGACCUGCUCACAAGCCCCUCCCUCAGUCCUGGGGUCAGCUACAGCCAUGGGUUCGAUCGGGGGAAGGACGACACGCCUCUGAAAGAGGACAGUCAAUCCAUAUCCAAGAGCAAGUCUGAAUCGAAGCUCUACAACGGCUCAGACAAAGAUGUCUCUACGUCAGGGAGCAAGCUCACAAAGAAGGAAUCUCUCAAGGUUCAGAAGAAGAACUACCGGGAGGAGAAGAAGCGUGCCACCAAGGAGCUCCUCAGCACCAUCACUGACCCCUCCGUCAUCGUCAUGGCCGACUGGCUCAAGAUCCGUGGCACCCUGAAGAGCUGGACCAAGCUGUGGUGCGUGCUGAAACCCGGGGUGCUGCUCAUCUACAAGACGCACAAGAACGGCCAGUGGGUGGGCACGGUGCUGCUCAACGCCUGCGAGCUCAUCGAGCGGCCCUCCAAGAAGGACGGCUUCUGCUUCAAGCUCUUCCACCCCCUCGAGCAGUCCAUCUGGGCCGUUAAGGGACCCAAAGGGGAGGCGGUGGGCUCCAUCACACAGCCACUGCCCAGCAGUCACCUCAUAUUCCGUGCUGCCUCCGAAUCUGACGGUCGGUGUUGGAUGGAUGCUCUGGAGCUGGCUCUGAAGUGUUCGAGUCUUCUGAAGCGCACCAUGAUCCGUGAGGGCAAGGAGGAGAUGGGCCCAGCCACGGAGCACUCACACAUCAACUUCUACAGCCUGCUCCGCGCACACAACAUGCAGGGCUUCCAGUUCAACGACAGUGACCAGUUCAAGGACCCGGACCUGUACUCGGACAAAUCGGACCGGGAGAACGAGCAGGAGCACGAGGAGUCGGACAACGAGGCGCUGGAGAAGAGCGAGGAGAGCGACAGCGACACGUCGGAGCGUCAGGACGACUCGUACGUGGACACGGAUCCCAACGAGGUGCUGCGUGAGACGCCCUACUUGGAGCAGAGCCAUGAGGAGCUGGGUGAGGCGGGCGAGGCGUCUCAGACCGAGACUGUAUCUGAGGAAAACAAGUCUCUGAUCUGGACCCUGCUGAAGCAGGUUCGACCGGGCAUGGACCUGUCCAAGGUGGUGCUGCCCACCUUCAUCCUGGAGCCGCGCUCCUUCCUGGACAAGCUCUCCGAUUACUACUACCACGCAGACUUCCUGUCCGAGGCGGCGGUGGAGGAAAAUGCCUACAACAGGAUGAAGAAGGUGGUGAAGUGGUACAUCUCCGGCUUCUACAAAAAACCAAAGGGACUGAAGAAGCCGUAUAACCCCAUCAUCGGGGAGACCUACCGCUGUGUGUGGCUCCACCCAAACACCUCCAGCAAAACCUUCUACAUCUCUGAACAGGUAUCCCAUCAUCCUCCAGUGUCGGCCUUCUACGUGAGCAACAGGAAGGAUGGCUUCUGUCUCAGCGGCAGCAUCCUGGCCAAGUCAAAGUUCUACGGGAACUCUCUUUCUGCAAUCCUGGAUGGAGAGGCAAGACUCACAUUCCUCAACAGGGGAGAGGACUAUGUCAUGAACAUGCCCUAUGCCCACUGUAAAGGUAUCCUGUACGGCACGAUGACUCUAGAGUUAGGCGGACAGAUCACCAUCACCUGUGAGAAGACUGGCUACAGUGCCCAGCUGGAGUUCAAACUCAAGCCAUUCCUGGGCAGCAGUGACAGCGUCAACCAGAUCUCUGGGAAGAUCAAGCUGGGGAAGGAGGUGCUGGCCACUCUGGAGGGACACUGGGACAGUGAGAUCUUCAUCAACGAUAAGAAGACGGGGGAGAUGGAGACCUUCUGGAACCCCACCCCAGAGCUGCGGCAGAGCCGGCUGAUCCGCUGCACCGUCGCCCCUGAGGAGCAGGGCGAGUUUGAGUCCGAGAGGUUGUGGCAACAUGUGACGCGGGCCAUCAACAACAAGGACCAGACGGAGGCCACCAACGAGAAGUUCAUCCUGGAGGAGGCGCAGAGGAAGUCGGCGCGAGAGCGCAAGGCCAAGUGCGAGGAGUGGAACCCCGCUCUGUUCGAACAGGACUCCAUCACGGGAGAGUGGCACUACCGCUACGCAGAUACUCGGCCGUGGGAUCCGCUGAACGAUCUGAUUCAGUUUGAGAAAGACGGCUUGAUCCAGUCUAAAGUGCGCCACCGCACCCCUAUGGUACGUUCUGGCAGUGUUAUUAGUCUCAGUAACCAGGGGUCGCGGAGGGACAAUUGCAAGUGCCAGCAGGUGACGGGACCCAAGCGGAAGCUGAAGCAGGCUGAUAAGCCCAAGAGUCCAGAGAGCGGCUGCUCCUCCCCAGAGCCUGAUCGACAGGACUCCUCUGGCAGUGAGAGACACAAAAGCAAGCACAACAGCCGGUUAAGGAAAAAAGGAACAGACCUCAGUGAACUUCAAAGUGCCAUUGAAUCCAUAAAGCAGACGCAAGAGGAUAUCAACAGGAGUGUGAGCACGCUGCGUAGUCGGGCAGCAGGCCAUGGGGCAUCGGAGGGAGGCUUCCUCCAGCAGCGAGACUACCUUAUCAUCUUCUUCCUCAUCCUACUCCAGGUCUUCAUCAACUUCCUUUUCAAGUAACGGCGGCAAUGGACGCUUCAGUCUCUCCCUCUCUCACACGACACACACACACACACACACACACACACACACACACACACACACACACUUCUGUACAUACACACAGAGCUGUGGUCACACAAGCGUCUGUCCCAAAUCCCGCACUCAUUCACACAUACUCUCACUUAAGACAGACUGCUACCAGGAGCAAGGAUGGAAGGAAGGAGAGAGAGAGAGAGAAGAACGAUUAGUGUCUUACCUGGAAUACUUCUUUCCCUCUUUAUCUUUUUAUUUUGUCCUCCCUCCCUCCCUCCC